UUUUUUUUUUUUUUUUUUUUUCCUCCUUUUUUGUUUGAUUGUACUGCUGGGAUAUUAGCGGCUUCUAACUGUGAAUAUAUUUCUGUGUAUAGUUUUAGAAUAGUGAUCAUGUGCCUUUCCAUCCCACACGAAAUUGAAGCUGUGAAUCUCACACACUUGCGUUUAAAACUAAGCUCAACACCAUGGCGACUAAGCACUCUCACAUUGUCAAAGAGCAGACAGAAGCUGUGCUAGCUCUCGCAAGGGACUUGCAAAGCCACCUCCAUCAAGAUGAUUCCCCAGCCCUUCGAACCCCGCCGAACCAUAUAGUCGAAAAACUUCAGAAAUAUUUAGAUCACCUUCCAUUAUUCACAGACCACACUUUACUGUCUAUUCGUCCCAAAUUAGACAAUGAAGGAACGAAAUUAUGGAACACAUGCGUACAACGGAUGCUCUCUGUCGAUAACCUCGAUCAGAGAAUCAUUGUCUGCAAAGCCAAAGUUCUCGCCUACGCGAUGCUUGAGGCUGCUGCGCCAAGAACUUGCCCAGGCAAUUAUCGGGUUCUAGAGCUUUCAUUCAGGAUCAUCAAGCUUUGUCUGGGUACUGCUACCUUUCUCUGGUCUUUGCUAUUCUGCAAUCCCGGCGGAGUUUACAUAUUGACAAGGGAAAUAGAAAACAAACUGAUCGACGUCAGCCAGAAAGUGAUGGAAUCCACUGCUACGAGAUUAGACAUGGUUGAGAGGUCAACUGAGAAUACAGAUAAACUAAAACUGGCGUCGUUUACAACGGAAUACUACAUGCUGCGGAUAUAUCUAUCCUGGUCACAAGAGAGACCUGAUAUAGCUAAUCACUUAUACUCGAAGAUUCCGGAGAUAACUACAAAAGAGCAACGAAGGAUCGUGGCGGAUAUAUGCUAUAGGAUUGGGAGUGUGGCGCUGUCAUCGGGUCAGAGUGAUAUCGCGGCAACCUGGCUAGACAGGGCGUUGACAGUCUGUGGAUUAUCAUUUCAUGAGGGAAGCCAAGAAGUCGACGAAUGCUGGAAGGAUGAGAGGAUGCUGACUCUGCAUGCAUAUGUGCGGUCGAAUCUUCAGCAAACUGGGGGUUCUGAAACCCAACUCCGGAAAGCCCUCGACAUGCUAAAAGCUGAGUAUAGUGAUUGCUUUCCAGCUCUUGCAAUCUUCCUCGAGAUCCUCAGCAGAGAAGACUGUGCGAGCCAAGAGUAUAUCGAAAUGCGUAUCCAGACGCCUUCUCAUUAUGAUAUUGACUUUGUGUGUAGGCCAGUACUUUGUAUUGAAGUCUUGAAAGAGCUUUUCGACAGACUGAAACUCUCUGAUAGCAGUGCCAAAGAGCAGUGGCUGGAAAGAAUCUUCAUUUCUCUGAUGUGGACACUGGCAAGUACUUCCCGUGGGGACCUAGGCCCAGACAUUAUUAGAGAUGAAGUAAAUUGGCUGGAAGAAGGUGCUCAGAAUCUACUGAGCGAGGAGGCAAGCCACGCCUCUUUGAUUCUUAUCUGGAAAUAUGUGGAUCUAGCAAUGUCAAAAGGAUCUAUUUCCCUUGCAGAGCAAUGGUGUCAAUUUGUCCUCAGUCAGAAAGCAUUUCAAAUGGAUUCUGACACGAAGGCUAAAUUCUUUCGGAAGCUAAUUCUAUGUGCUUGUGAAAAUUACAACCCAUCUACAGCACAGAGAGUCUUUGACAAAUUUCCAGAGGAAUUCAAGUCAUGCCCUCUCACCCUGUAUUUAUUGUAUAAACUAUCCCUGGCUGAAGAAGAUUUCUCCCGUGUUUCCGUUUACCUUGAGCUGCUCUGCAAGCCAGACGUGGAUACCACCUACAUUUGGUCAUGUAUAGCGGAUGCGCUUCGACUCGAAAAAGUGAAUCUUGCUGUUCAAAGUGUCCAAAAAUUGGUAGCAACCUUGGAUGGCAGUGGUUUUGAACGGUUACAAAUCUGGAAGAUUUUGCAGUGUGUGAUAUCUGUCAUCCGAAAGAAGCUAAAGAAUGAACCUGGGAACGAGGCCUUGUUGUGUCACAUAGUUCCUUUAUUCAGGACUAUUUUGGAUGCAGCAACCGACCACACACAAUCCAAGCAGACUUCUCUCGACCUACAUUGGCUUUCUAGAGAAAGCUACGGCAUUGCCCUUGAUUUGUAUAAGCUAUGUUCUCUAGAGAGGGUAAUUGAUCUACUAGAUAUUUCCAUAAGGCUCACGCACUUGCUUAAGAACACAGCAGCGCAAGCACAUGCUGGCAUAUCGGAGCAUUAUCUUAUUUGCUAUUUUCUUAAAGCCACUAUUCUUAUAUCAGAAGCUCGGACAGACAAAAUCCCUCGUAGGAAGGAGCAUUACUACAAGGAAGCACGCGAAUCAAUGAAUCAAUUCCAAUCUUGCAUUGAUUGUCAAAAAGAAGGCAUUUACCCAGCUGCAAACUCACAAGACUGGACAGACAGACACCGCAUUAUCCUAUCACUUGCAUUCGAAGUCGCCGUCUUCUUUCACGAAUGGGAAGACGUAACAAGGAUAAUUGAAAUCUCUAAGCCAAUAGUAGAUGCCAAACUCAGCUCCAUCUUUCUCGAUUGCAUUCUCCGAUCCGAAGCUCCGGUAUCAUGUCAAGCGCAAAUUGUCAAGCAAAUGAUACGCACCUUUCAUUCCUCGCCUUCGCCAUUCCUGAACACUUCGACGUCAAACUUCGAUGAAAAUCUCCCCCGGUACCUCCGCUGUCUCUUUGUCCUUUCCGUCGACGCGAAGGAGUAUGAACUCGCGGAAUCCGUCCUCGACCAAGCCCUAAUCUUCGCCCGCGAUCCUUCCAGUAAGAAAUCACACUACCCAAAAGAAGAGAUCCAAUGGCUAGCAGUCGUUUCGUUCAAUACUGCGGUUGAUUUUUUCCUCUCCUCCGCAGAUGGAGAUUGUCGCCGGUGGGCGGAAAAGGCCAUCACACUGGCAGAUUUGAUUGGAGUUGACCAUGGCGAGCUUGGACAGCUUCUACGCAGGAAUCUUUCGAACAUUUUACCCAGUUGAAACGGCGAGAAGGGUGAUCGAGUUGAUAUAUUGCAAGCAUUAUUAUUAUAUUCAUCGUAGUACAAUCUGUUGUUGUUGUCUAUCAUGGAACACAGGGCCAAAGGGCAAGACAGGCAGGAACCCUAAUAGUGAACCAACCCUAGCGGGAGAGUGAGUUGAUUGUAUAGCAUAUUCUAGUCCGAGGUCGUUAAUUUGCUUUGUUGAGCGUCCGGAGUACAGCAGAUAUCACGAGUCUCUUAUGCCUUGUUAGUUCUAAAACGCAUCACCC